CAGGCUUCCAUUUUGUGCUUUGGAGCUGACAAAUUAAGGUUAAGGCAGGUCGAGAGUCUGGAAAUGACUUUGCCUGCACCGACGUAGUCUUGCUUCUCCAUGGCCUUCUGGAAGACUAGAAAUAGGACGCUAGGUAGGCAGUUUUCAGCGAGUUUUGGUUGAAGGGUCGAGAAGGAUUGCGCACAUGGAGGACCUUGCACGCGUCAGUUUUGGCUGGGCGGCGCGACAGAAGCCCAGCUUUGACGGCGAGCGGUCGGAUUCGCUGUCGCGGAUAUCUCUGCCUGGUGCGGAGGUCGAGUCGCUGGACCUGGAGCAGCUGUUCGACGCGCACUGGUUCGGGCCUUGUACAUGGCUGGGCAGCGCUUGGGCGUCCGGUUGGUCCGGGGCACGUGACGAGCGCUUGCCAUCGCCGGUGCCGCCUACCACGCCCGCAGCCACGCCGGCCGCGGGGGCGGAACCCCCGCCGGUGGCGCCCAGCUCCACAUUAUCACGAACGUCCUUCCUGUACUUUCUCAGCCGUACCCACAAACCAGCUACCCAGCCCAACCCGCUCCAGCGACCACUGCUCAACGGGAAGGCCGGCAACGCCGCCGCGUCGCCCUCACUGUAUGGGCCAGGUGCCGCUCCCACACCGCAGCCGCCCUUCCGGUCUGGCAGCAAGUCCUCCGCCCCCGCGGGCCGCACACCAAAGGAGUCCUCUUCGCCUCCUAAGGCGAUGCCCGUGCCGCGCCGGGCGCCCAACGGCUCCGCUGGCGAGGGCGCCGAUGGCGACGACAACAACCUUCCCGUGGCGCUGCCCGUUGAGCCCGCACCGGCGCUCCCGGCAGACCCCAGCACCGCGGUGGUCGGCCCCGCGUCCACCACGCCCUGUGCCAAUGGCGGGACGGAGCCCAUGGAGCUUGGGCCGCAGCUGGGCACGUGGGCCAACCGGCAGUUCAGGCUGUUGGACCCGGUGCCGGAGCGGCCGUGGGAUGGCGCGGCGGGCAGCGGCAGCGGCAACUCGGCUCCCUCCUCCUCUUCCAAUCCGCGCUCGCCCAUGACCGUGGGGACAGCAGCCGGCGGGGCUGCGGGUUCGGUGACGGGUCCGGUGCCAGUGGCGGGGUCGGGCAGCGCCAGCGGCAGCGGGCACUGCAGCGGCCAGGGCAGCGGCCAGGGCAGCGGGUCCAGCAUCGCGGCGCAGGUGCCUGGCAGCGGGCCAACGCUGCUGGAGCUCCUGCAGCAGCAGAAGCAGCGGCAGCUGGUUGCAAAUGGCUGUGCGGUCGUGGGGUCUGGAGAAGGGCGGACGCACGGGGACGCAUUGCUACUGGGCGUGUUGCAGCAGCAACAGCAGGAGCGGCGGCAACAACAGGGUGUGCAGCAGAUGGACCCAGCGGUGGCGGCCGCAGCGGCGGCCGCAGCAACCGCGGCUUUGCGGGACGCAGAAGACUCUGCCAUUCAGGAGGCUGCUUGGCGUUGGCGCUUCACGCGGCGAUGGCAGGCGGAGCAGUCGCGCACGGAUGCGGACCGUGCCGGCUCCGUCAACAACGGCGACCAGCUGGAAGAGGCCCUGGCCUACCUGGCCGCCACCGGCGCCACCACCACUACCACCGUCUCGCUGCAGAUCGCCAACACCUCAUCGGCACGCGGGGGGCGGCGUAUGGCGCGCAACGAGAGCAGCGGCGGGCAGGGCCCCUGCGGCACCAUGUCGCGCGACGGCAGCCUCGUCCUGGGCCAGAUGGGCAGCCUGGUGGGCACGUUGGGCGGCGGGCCCAGCACGCUCGGCAAUGCAGACUGGCCGCUGGGUGCCAGCGGCAGCGGCAGCUUCACGUCCGGGCCACGGUUGUUAGGGAGACAGCCGAGUGGCGAGAUGCUGCAGGCCAGUCGCGAGGUGGCAUCGCUCAACCGGCGGGCCGCGGUGGUGCUGCAGCAGCAGCUCGACUGCGAGCAACAGGCGGACCGCAGGGUGCAGGAGUCGUUGGCGCAAGGGCCGCCGUGGGUGGGGCACUACAUCCCGGUGGUGCAGAUUGAUGAGUGGGGGUCGUUCCGCUUCCUCAUGCUCAAGCUGCGUGACCAGUCCAUGGCCCGUGGAACCACCGUGGGCGCGGAGCGGCAGCGCAUCCUGAUCCGCGGCCACAACUACGGCAGCGAGGGGCAGCUCAUGGAGGAGUGCAACCGCGAGAUUUUGGGUCAGUCGCAGCGCAACAACGUUCCCUUCGAGGCGCCCACCGUGAUGGGCGGCGGCGUGAUGGAGUGGCGGCGAGACCGAGACCGGCACCUGCACCUGCACUCGGGCUUUGUCAUGGACCGCUCGCUGCCCUCCGCGGGCAUGCUGAGCGGGCUGGGGCCUACGGCGAUGGGUGGUAGCGGGCGGCCCGCCUCUGCCAUAGACCUGCUAAACCUGGCAGCAGCGCUGGCGCGGCAGAGCUUCCCGCCCACCUACAAGAUAACGGUGCUCACGUAGCGCGCCGGCCGAGACCAAGCUGUGGAGGCUUGGGGCAGCAUUGAGAGGCAUGGGCCGGACCUGCGAGUGCCAUAAGCUCAGGACCGCAGAUUUUGCCCCGUACGGGGGUGGCACAAGCGGUUUGUUGAUGGAGAGGUUUGUCCAACUAUGGCGGUGCAUGAUUUACGCAAGCGAGUGUUUCAUUCUUAGAGUUCAUGCCUGGCCGUCAGCAGGGGUGCUGCUGAAGUGCAUACACAUUCUUCAUGGACACCUGGCGGCCUGGGUCCCGCACACGCGGUAGCGUGGCGUUGGGUCGGGCACGUUGGGCCCUUUGACCCGACCUCGUGACCGCUGCCGAAUUCAUGUGCAAGAUGGAGGGGAGUGGAGUCACUGUUCUUGUGUGCAUGUUUUGGAGGAUGCUUCCUUCCUUGUUGGUGUGUAAAAUGCUGGAUGGCUGUGCAGGCCGCGGGGGUGGGUUUGCGGUGGGCGGCAAGGACGGUUGCGUUGGCAGGAAACUGAAUUAGUGAUGGCGUACGGGUGGCCCAGCCAAGUAAGGUGCCGCUGAAUUCCUAGUACAAGCAAGAGCAGAGGGUGGUGAGAAGCAUAGCCCCGAGUUUGAUGGCUGUAAUCCCGGCCCACAAACCCCACAAGGCGAGCCAGGGCAAGAGUCGCAACGUGGGUUCGCGGUUUCUUCACCAGUGAAUGGCCCAGCCAUGUUAGGUUCCAUGGAAACACCUGGGCUUACACAUUUUGCGUCCGCCUGCCUGCCUGCCUGCCUGCCUGCGUUGACAAAAAGUGUUCGGAGCAGAGGGGGCGGGCAAGGCCACGUGGAGGAGGACAGCGCGGCGCCGCCUUCAAAGCGGCGCCGGCGCGCAGGUUGAGACCUGCCGGUGUUGUCUGGUUAGCGACCUGUGCUGACGAGGAUGGCGUAGCGGGCAGUCAGCUGCAGCGGCAGGGGUGUUUUCCUUGCUGUCUGGUUGGCCUGCUGCCUGCUGCACUAGUGCUUGAUAGCUGGGCGCGACUGGGCACAUAUGGCGGGCGGUGCCUGUACAAACCGACCCCGGCUAUGUCCGGGAGAUGAGGCUAGUAUCGGAACCUUCGGCCUCAGACGGAGGACGUGGCGUGGCGGCACAGCCCACUUUUCCCUUGCAAGGGAGAGCCACCUUUUCUUGUCGUCCGCCAAACCAGAUGUUUAGCCAUAGAUCCGGUAGACGACUCAGGGCCGCUGGGGUCGUGCCUGUGUAGAGGUGGCGCGGUUAUGUUUUGCUGGUGGCUGGGCUCUGUGCUUGAGCAUGUGUUCACCGUUCAGUUUGGACAGUCAGGGGCAGUCACAUCGUUGGUGGCCUAGAUCGGAGCUGCUUUCCAGCUGUUGCCUUGAAGGUGAGUGCUGGCUCGGAUGCUGGUCGUUUCUUUUGAUUCCAGGGCGGGGGCUUGUCAGGUGCAGUGAGGGAUGGGUGUGUGAUGGGACAGUGGUAAGGCAAGUUGGUAAAGUCCCGUAGGUUGCAGCUGAUUUCCAGAACCCAACAAAUGGCAUACAAUUGGCAGCGGCAGGGCAGGAGUGCGCGGCUGGUCGAACGUUGGAGUUACUGUACCGACGAGUUGCAGUGAGGGAUGGGUGUGGCCGCGAUGUCCACGCACUUCGGGACGCCCUAUGGACGGGAUGGGGCGCGUUGUACAACUGAAUAAGCAGA